UCGUCGCUGUUCUCUAGUCUUGGCGGUGUUUUUGGCUCAACUUUUCAAGAACCGCAACAACAAAGUAUCAUGGCUUCUAGAGCUAUUGCUCCUCAGGAACAACCCAUAGGUGAGAAUAAGCAAAAGAAUGUGGGUGGAGAAGGAAGAACUAGAAGGGUGCUCCAGGAUAUUGGUAAUCUUGUGGCUAAACAGGCAGAACCCGGUGCUAAUGUAACUAAGAGAGUCACAAGGAACUUUAGUGCUCAAUUAUUGGCUAAUGCACAGGCAGCAGCAGAGAAGAACAAGAAUUCAAACGCUGAACUAGGGAAUGGCGGAGUGGUAGCAGCUAAUGGGGUUGGUGUUGGGAAUUUUGUUGCUGCAACAAAGGUAGAACCAGGUCAGAAGCCUACACAGGAACCUGAAGUAAUUGUCAUUAGCUCUGAUGAAGAAUCUGAAGAGAAGGAGAAGCAAGCUGUUGAUGUAAGAAAGACAAGGAAAGAAAGAUCUGCUGGGAAAAAUGCUAAAGCCUUUAGUUCAGUCCUCAGUGCUAGAAGCAAGGCUGCUUGUGGAAUCGUUUAUAGCUCGAAGGAAUUGGUAGAGAACAUUGAUGCAAGUGACAAGGACAAUGAAUUGGCAGCAAUAGAGUACAUUGAUGAUAUGUACAACUUUUACAAACUCACUGAAAAUGAUGGUCGUGUACACGAUUACAUGGGUUCACAACCAGAUAUAAAUGCCAAGAUGAGAUCUAUUCUUGUGGACUGGUUGAUAGAAGUGCAUCGCAAAUUUGAACUCAUGCCAGAAACUCUCUAUCUGACCCUCAACAUUGUUGACCGGUUCCUGUCCAUGAAGGCUGUGCCUAGAAGGGAACUUCAGCUGGUUGGCAUCAGUUCCAUGCUGAUAGCCUCAAAAUAUGAAGAAAUUUGGGCACCAGAGGUUAAUGACUUUGUAUGCAUAUCAGAUAAUGCUUAUAAUAGAGAACAGGUACUGAUGAUGGAGAAAACCAUCCUGAGACAACUUGAAUGGUAUCUAACUGUUCCCACACCAUAUGUUUUCCUGGUUCGGUAUAUCAAAGCCUCCACUCCAUCUGAUAAUGCGAUGGAAAACAUGGUGUUUUUCCUUGCUGAACUUGGUCUAAUGCACUAUCCUACUGUAACGUUGUACCCUCCUUCUCUGAUUGCUGCUUCUGCUGUGUAUGCGGCUAGAUGUACCCUUGAAAGAAGCCCUGUCUGGUCUGAGACUUUGAAGCACUACACAGGCUACUCUGAGGAACAACUAAGGGAUUGUGCCAAACUAAUGGUCAACCUUCAUUCUGGUGCUCCAGAAAGUAAGCUGAGGGCAGUUUACAAGAAGUUCUGUAGCUCAGAUCGGUGUACUGUUGCUCUACUUACACCAGCAAAGAACUUGUUAUCACAGUCUUGA